ACACGCCAUUGGGAGGGACGGAGCAAGACAACCCCAGGACAGGUUCGCCUUGGGGUCGCCAGAAGUCGGAAAUGACUUGAAGGCACACAACAACAACAACAACAACAACAACACAAUGCUUCCUGCUUUCGCUUUGCCAAGGACUAGAGGCAGCCUGGAGGCCGGAGGAGGACCAGGUGAGGCCGUGCUAUGGCGAGUACCAGAGAGCUUCUUCGUGUAAUCAGAGACUUAGAGAAUACUGUGAUUGAGUUAAAUGCAAAUUACCAGGCACGGGGACUACCAGUGACAGAUGGUAGUCGGGAGCUGCAACAGUUCUGUGCUCAGCUGGAGUUUUUGCUGCAGUAUGAUUUGAAAGAGAAGAGAAAUCUCUUUGGGCAGAAGAAGGAUUACUGGGAUUUUCUGAGCAGAAUCCUAACAAGGUUGCAGAGUGGAGUCCAUGCAGGAUUGCAGCAUGUCACUUCCCUGGAUAAAGUAAGAACAUCUGUGGGGAAAGGACGUGCUUUCAUCCGCUAUGGCCUGGUCCAUCAGCAGCUGGCUGAGACCUUGCACUUGCUCAUGGAACCAGAAGUGACUAGUGAAUGGUACUAUGCACGCAGCCCCUUCCUGGACAGAAAGCUGUGGUUGGAUAUCUUGGGCUCCCUCUAUGAAUUAGAUGGCAUCAUCUUCCAUCUGGCACUCUGCAGAGCAGACCUGGAUGCUGCAUGGCCAAUGGUCUCUGAAUCUGUUACUUUUGUUUCUCCUAGGGCUUUGCCCCAAUGUUCAAUCCCAGUUGCCAGCCACGUCCAUGCAGAGAUUGCAUCCUCUGAGAUUGGGAACUCAAAUCAAGGUCCAGGAAACAACCAUGGAGCCACCAAAGGCCAUAAGAACUCAUUAAUAACCAAAGAUCCUUGUGGUCCUGAGUCAACAGAUGAUAAUGCCAUUUGGCCUAGGCUGGAACACUCAAUGGAAAAGUGGGUUGGACCCUGGAGAAGCAGAAAGAACAGUCUGCUGCAGAUGGGUUCCCUCCUAAAGCAGAAUUAUUUUAUGGAAAAGGAAGCCCAGCAUUCGGCUUCUGGGAAGGAGGUGCAGAGGGAAAAUGUGGAAUCAAAGACCCAAGUGGUCAAACUCAGCAAGGUGUCUUCUACUCAGGAUCUUAGUUCCCUACUUCCUCAGCCUGAACAUUUCCUCUGUGGAAAGAUGGAACAUCCACAUCAGGUGUCUUCUGAAACUGAUGGCUGCUGGGAACAGAAGGAUCUGAGAGCACUAAUGUGGGAGCUUAGUAUUUUGCAGCUGCAGUUGGCCCAGCAAAAAGAAGAGAACAAGUCUCUAAAGCAAGCCCUUUCAGAGGAGAACCAAGCUCUGAAAGAGGAGCUGGCCAAUCAUGAAAAACAACACAAGGAGAAAAUGGAUGAGCAGGAGAAACAGCAGCAAGAGCUGUCCAAGGUAGCAAAAUCCCUCAGAGAGGCAGAAUGUAAGCUUGCCAAUCUGACCAGUGAAUGCCAGGAGGCAUGGGCCAGCAAAGAUGCUGCUGAGAGGUUUCUUAAAGAGGCAGAACAAAGGCUGAAUUCUCAGGAGGCAGAACACAAAAAGUGCCUGGCAGACAUGGAGGCCCAAGAACUGAAGCACCAGCAGAUGAUCUCUCAAUGUCAGGGACUGCAGGAGAAACUAAAAAUGUGUGAAGAGAGUCUAGAGAGGUGGGAAACCCAAGUAGCUGCCCUGAGCAGCCAGCACAGCCAGUUGGAAACAAGUGGGGGAGAGCUAGAAGGGAGGAAUGGCAGGGCAGCAGAGACCAUGUUGGAGAAGGAUCUUCUAAGGGAGAAAUUAGAGAGAAGACUAGCUGAGAUAAAGGUGCUAGAAAAUGAGAAGGAAACCCUUACAGAAACUCUCAUUUCUCAGGAGAAAAGCUUGGCAUUUACAAAAUUAGAGAUGCAGGACCUUCAGAAGAAAUUGUUGGUGUGUCAAGAGCAUGUUGUUACUCUUCAAAUGUCUCUGCAGAAAAAAGAGAAGGCCCUAAAAGACAAGGAAGGAGAAUAUGAAAGUUUGCAAAGGGACCUAAAGGCCCAGUCAGGUCAGCUCCAGGAAACCUUGGAGAAAAACACUACACUGGAAGCUCAGUUAGAAGAAAUGACCAGCAAGAAAUCUCAUCUGGCUGCUCAACUAGCUGAGGAGCAGGCCCGAUGCGAAAGAACCAGGCAGGAACUGAUAAGCCAGCUUGGCAUUUUUGAAAAAGAGGCAGUUAAGCUUCAAGAGGAAAGGAAACAGCUCCAAGCCAGCCUGCAGCAAGCCCUUAAAGAAAGAGAGGCUUUAGCAAAGCACAUAGAGAGCACUAUUGCUUCCCUGGAGGGACAGAUCCAGGAGGCCACACAACUUAGAAGUGAGCUGGAGAAUGUGAAGGCUACCAGCCAAGCACUACAGAAAGCCUUGCAGGAUAAAAAUGAAAUGGUGGCCUCUUCCCUAAGAGAGCAGUGUUUGCAGUUAAAAACUCAUGUGGAGCAACUAGAACAAGAGAAAAUGCAAGCCACUCACAUAGCCAAGAAGCUGAGUGAAGAACUGGAACAGUGCUGGGAAUGGCCCACAGAGGAGAGUGCUCCCCCUUGUGGCAAUGUGCUGGAACUAGCAAGGCCCCAGCUAACAGACACAGAUAUACUUCAAGACAAUGUGCCACAAGGUUUGGAAAGAGCUGUCAAGAAAGUGGGAAGUGCCAAGCAUGAAGCACAUAGCAAGAGUCUAACUAGCCAUCUGGGCAAAUUGACGGAUGAUGUUCAGCAGGCAAAGCAAAAGCUAGCAGCCAAGUUAAAAACUACAAUGAAUCUCAUGGAGCAGCUGAACCGGUGUCAGCAAGAAAAAGAACAACUGCAGUUCCUACUGGCAAAAAGCCACCAAGAAACAGAAGAAAAGGAAAAGAAAUACAAACAGCAGUUGUCGGAACAGGGAGAGCUUUUCUGCAGUAUGAAAGGGAAGCUGCUGGAAUUACUGCGUGAGAAGGAUGCUCUGUGGCAGAAGACAGAAGGCAUUGCUUCGCCAGUGGUGUGUUCAACUCCUCAGAACUCUGGAGUGUGUAGUCUGUGCAAAAAGGAUUUCAGGCUCAUGUCACGCCGCUACCAGUGCAGAUUGGCAAGACUUAGAAAGAAUGCACUGCAAACUGUAAAAAAAAAAAAAAAAUUAGCAUCACUUAUCUCUGCUGUCCUUCUGUCAGAGACCAAGUUUUUUCCCACUGUUCUAAAGGUUAUGCCAGCAUACUGUAUGCCAUGCUUGUUCUGUGAGUGCUGGACCAAAGGAACGCUGCUGCCUGCUCUGCCACCAGAAGAGAAAUACCCAGGGAACCUGACACCCCAGACCUCAUCAGGCCAGCAAAGACUACACCUGAGAUCUCAUCAAGCCAUGAGGGCCAGUUUCUAUAUAACAAUGGAUGGAUGCAACUUCCUUCGGGGCAUCACUGCAGACCUUUAUGAAGAGCACCAGCUACCAAGGCAGAAUGAUAAGAAGGAAUCCUUUAAAAAUCAUAAUGAAAUAAAGCAUGACCCUGAAUAAGAAGGA